GAGAAAUCGACGUCCCUUAUUAAUUACGUGCAUAGAAAAAGAAAGAUUUCCGAAUUAUUUCCAAAAAUCGAAAUUAAGGCAUUAAACGACGUCACCUCAUCCCUCUCACCUCCACUCCCACCGCUGCGCAGCAGGAGCCCACACGACGCCGUUUUGCGUCGCUUUCCAUCUUCACCAUGUGUUAAAGCAGCUUCUGCAGUCUCAGGAAUCCUUUUCUCUCUCUCUAUCUCUCUCUAGGAAAGGAAAAUCCGAAGCGAUACAGCUCCGGUGAUGUCUACGCCGCCGCCGCCGGUGGCAAUUGAGGCUCCGACGUCGUCGCCGCCUCCGCCAGGUCCUCCUACCCCGGCGGAGCUGCUACUUCCACCGCCGCCUUCGGGGAAUAUCACUCCGCCGGCGACGAUUGCGCCUCCGCCGGCGAUUACGCCGCCUACGGCAGCGUCAAACAACCGCGCGACGCUGGUGGCGCUGGGAGUGGGGAUAGGGAUUGGCGGAUCGAUCGUGCUGGUUUGUGUUGGUAUUUUUGUGAUUUGGUACAGGAGGAGGAGGAGGAAGCGUUUUGGAGAGGAAGGAUUUGGUUAUGGUCGUUCGCAGAAGCAGGGGCUCAAUCCCAAAGAUGAUCCUUAUCGUGGUCCACCGUACAACAUGCCGCCUACUCCACCAUCUAACCUCAACGUCUUUGAACUUCCAAAGCCUACUCCCCCACGGGUUGUUUCAUCAAAUUCUCACCAAUCUAUAGAUGUAUCCACUACUCCACCCUUUUUUAGUAGCAGCCUGAACUCCAUAGAGGAUAUUCCACAAACAACCCUUCCUACGUGUUUGGAUUCCACAAAAACUACCUUCACUUAUGAAGAACUUGCACUUGCAACAGAUAAUUUUUCUGACUCCAACCUCCUUGGUCAAGGUGGUUUUGGAUAUGUUCAUAAGGGAGUGCUUCAUGAUGGCAGAGACGUUGCAAUCAAGCAGCUAAAGAUGGGGAGUGGUCAAGGGGAGCGUGAAUUUCAGGCAGAGGUUGAGAUUAUAAGUCGUGUUCAUCACAGCCAUCUAGUAUCACUACUUGGGCACUGCAUUUCAGGGGCUCGAAGAUUGCUUGUGUAUGAAUAUGUCGCUAAUCAAACUCUGGAGUUCCACUUACAUGGGAAGGUGUGCAAACAUCCUAUAAACUGGGCUACUAGGAUGAAAGUUGCCCUGGGCUCGGCAAAAGGAUUGGCAUAUUUGCACGAGGACUGUCAUCCUAAGAUCAUACACCGUGAUAUCAAGUCAUCUAACAUUCUUCUUGAUGAAAAUUUUGAGGCGAAGGUAGCAGAUUUCGGCCUGGCUAGGUUCUAUUCAGAUACUGAUACUCACGUCUCCACUCGGGUAAUGGGAACUUUUGGUUAUUUAGCUCCGGAAUAUGCUCUUACUGGAAAGCUGACAGAGAAGUCAGAUGUCUUUUCAUUUGGCGUUGUCCUUUUGGAGCUGAUUACUGGUCGCAGGCCAAUCGAUAGAUCACAGAACUACCUUGAUGACAACAUCAUUGAUUGGGCAAGGCCUUUGCUUUCGCAAGCUCUGGAAAAUAACAACUUUGAUUGCGUGGCUGAUCCGAGGUUGCAGAAAGAUUAUGACUCUGUAGAGAUGGCUCGGAUGGUUGCUUGUGCUUCUGUCUGUGUUCGUCAUUUGGCUCGACGCAGGCCAAAGAUGAGUCAGAUAAUACUGGCUUUGGAAGGAAAGCUGCCUCUAGACGACCUGACCGAGCCCAUUCAAUCAAGGCAGAACAUUUUAAACAAUGAUUCUCACGAUAGCUCAGACUACGACUCCUUAUACGACACCACACAGUACAAAGAGGAUCUGAUAAAGUUCAGGAAGAUGGCACUAGAAAGUGCGGAACACACUGUAAGUGAGUACAGCGGCCCGACUAGUGAGUUUGGCCUCCGGCCCUCCGGCUCAAGCAGCGAAGUUCUAAGAAACAUACAAGUGACAUAGUCUGCAUUUUAUUUUUGUUUAUUUUUUAUUUUUUGCUGAAGAUGUUACUUGAGAAUACAGGAGAAAAAGCUGUGUAAAUUAUUUCUGAUGUGAAUUAUUUGUAGGUUAGUUGGAUAUUUGUGUCUGCAGCAUAUAUUCUCACUAUGCUGGUGCUAUUUAUAACUAGCAUUCUGUUAAUCAA